CUAAUAUGAUAUAGAUAAUAAACUUUUUGUAUGCUGUUGUUUUGUUUUAAUUAAAUUUUAUAACUUCAUAUUUAGAUAUAUUUUUGGACGUUUCAUUUUCCGAUCUAGACAUUUUUUGAGGUUAAACUAGAUUUUUUUAGCCAAGCAAAUGCGGCAGCACUGACAUAGAGAAACAGAAAAAGAAGGUGCAUGAAUUCUCACCAUCAAAUGUGGCAGCUCUGACAUAGAGAACCAGAAGACAAAAAGGUGCAUGGAUUUUCACCGCUUCGUCAGUUCGAUGGCUUUUCCGGCUUUGGUCUCUCGGGGUGCUGUUCUUUUAUUACAGUUUUCAAUAUUUUCCCUGAUCAUGCUGCAGAUGCCUUUAAACCUAAAGUUGAUGAAGUUGAACUUGGUAUUCUGGAUAAAAUACCGGAAGUUCUUUUUGAUGGCUUUCACAAAUGGGAUGCAAAAUAUUUCUUACAUAUUGCAGAACAUGGAUAUGAAGAAGAGAAGAUGUUUGCUUUUUUCCCGAUGUUCCCAGCUAUGUUGAGGGGAUUUGCAUCAAUUCUUCCAUUUCCAGAUACUUUGCUAUCUUUCUACUCUCGCCUUUUGUUAGCAGGAUUCAUUCUUAAUACUGCGUUUUUUGUCGGUGCAACUGUUGCAAUUUUCAAUCUAACAAUGGCGAUUUAUCAGGAUAGGAAGUUUGCCAUUUUAUGUUCAAUACUAUUUUCCUUCAAUCCAGCAAGCAUUUUCUUUUCAUCCAACUAUACGGAAGCUUUGUAUUCAUUUUGUGUCUUCAAUGGCUUGUUUCACUUGGAAAAACGUUCAUACUUCCUGGCAACAAGUUUUUUUGUUGGUGCUUCAGCAACAAGAUCUAAUGGAACUGUAAAUGCAGGCUUCGUUGCAUACUAUGCAAUCAAGGAAAUUUUCCAUGUUGCUUCUAAUAGUGAAAACAAAGUUUUGCAACAAUGGACAGUUUUUAAAAUUAUAGGUAUUCUUAUUCGUACCGCUGCAAGUUGCAUACUGAUAUUUCUGCCUUUUAUAGCUUUCAUUACUUAUGGACAUGGUAAAUUCUGUUCCCAAAGGGAUGGAGUUCCAGAGUGGUGCGAAGCCUCAUUUCCCAAUAUAUACAGUCAUGUACAAAAACAACAUUGGGAUGUUGGAUUAUUCAUGUAUUAUAGAAUCAGAAAGAUUCCAAAUUUUAUUCUUGCACUACCUUGUGCACUCUUAGUUGCAUAUGGAAUUUUUCAUUAUCUGAGGGCAAACAGGAUACAAAUUGUUUCAUUAGGAUUGUUGACAGACUACACAAAUAGCAAACACAACAAAUUACUAGAGUUUGCAAAGGUUAAUGUAUUUGUGUAUGUGUGCCAUUCUCUGUUCCUUUUAUUGUUUGGAAUAUGUUUCAUGCAUAUUGAGGUUAUCACAAGGUUUCUCUUUUCAAGUUCACCAUUACCAAUAUGGGUGGCUUCUUCUCUAAUUUAUGCGGAUACUAAAGCUGCAGAUAUCACACUAUCUAUGCAAAAUUUACUAGGCUACUCUAACAUUUUUCCAGUGUUGUCUGCGAAAUCUAAACUUGUGUAUUUCUAUUUUCUACUAUAUAUUAUUGUAGGAACUUUCAUGCAUGUCAACUACCUUCCUUGGACAUAAUAAAAUUCAUUUUUGAUAAAUAAAAUAUAUUUUUAU